UUUUUUUGAGUUUCAGGCGUUCUGUAUUUUUUUAAUUUUUUUUUUAGUUUGUCUUGUGAUUUUCUAAAAAAAUUUUUUUUUAAUUUUUCAGGUUCUCUCGGAAGAGAAAUAAUUUUAAUAAUUUAAUUAAAUAAUUUCAAAAAAUGUUUUCUUGGCUAGGCAAAAACAACGAGAAAAAAGAACAAAAUGUAUUGGAAACUGUAAGUGAAGGACUUCGAAAAAUUUACAAAGAAAAGCUUUUUCCAUUGGAAGAAUUUUAUAAUUUUCACGAUUAUCAUUCGCCAGCAUUAGACGACCCUGACUUUAAUGCAAAACCGAUGAUUUUGUUGGUUGGACAAUACUCAACAGGAAAAACAACCUUCAUCCGUUUCCUGCUUGAACAAGAAUUUCCUGGAAUGCGAAUUGGACCUGAACCGACUACUGAUAGAUUUAUUGUUGUAAUGAAUGGAGAUGAAGUUGGUGUUAUUCCUGGAAAUGCACUUGUAGUUGACUCUACUAAACAAUUUCGGGCUUUGACAAAAUUCGGAAAUGCUUUUCUCAACCGUUUUCAAUGUUCAAUGCUGAAAAAUGACGUUCUUAAUUCCGUUACAAUUAUUGACACGCCCGGAAUUUUGAGUGGAGAGAAGCAACGUAUAGACCGUGGUUACGAUUUUUCUGGUGUUUUGGAAUGGUUUGCUGAACGUGUUGACCGAAUUAUUUUGUUAUUUGAUGCACACAAAUUGGACAUUUCUGAUGAAUUUAAAAGAUGUAUUGAGGCACUUUCGGGCAAUGAAGACAAGAUUCGCAUUGUUUUGAAUAAAUCUGACAUGGUUGAUCAUCAACAAUUGAUGCGUGUAUAUGGAGCAUUAAUGUGGUCACUUGGAAAGGUUUUUAAAACACCAGAAGUUGCUCGUGUAUAUAUCGGCACAUUUUGGGAUCAUCCUUUACAUUAUGAUAUUAAUCGACGUCUUUUUCAAGAUGAACAACACGAUUUAUUUGCUGAUUUACAAUCUCUUCCAAGAAAUGCAGUUUUGAGAAAAUUGAAUGAUUUAAUAAAGAGGGCUCGUUUGGCUAAAGUACAUGCUUAUAUUAUUUCUGAACUUAGAAAACAGAUGCCAUCAAUGAUUGGAAAAGAAAAAAAGAAGAAAGAAUUAAUUCAAAAAUUGGAUAAAUUAUUUGAACAAUUACAGAAAGAACAUGGAAUCUCUCCAGGCGAUUUUCCUGACAUAAACAAAAUGAGAGCAAAUUUGGAGAAUGCAGACUUUUCGCGUUUUAAUGCUUUAAAACCUCGAUUAUUGCAAAUUGUUGAUGAUAUGCUUGCCAAAGAUAUAGCCAGAUUAAUGGCCCAAAUUCCAAAAGAAGAAUCUGAUGCUAACAACAAAGUAGUUGAUGCUCUAGGCAAUCGUUUGGAUCAAUCAGUACGUGGCGGAGCUUUUGAAGCCGAAACAGAAGCUGCAACUCCAUUUGGUUUUGGAAGGGGAGAGGGGGUUGAUAAAGGAUCAGAUGAAACGGAAUGGGUUGUUUCUCGUGAACGUUAUAAAUUUGACGAAAUGUUUCAAGAAUUGCAACCUGUGGAUGGGAAAAUUACAAGUUCUCAAGCCAAAGUUCAUAUGGUUAAAUCAAAACUUCCCAAUUCUGUGUUAGGCAAAAUAUGGACACUUUCUGAUAUUGAUAAGGACGGCCAAUUAGACGCUGACGAGUUUGCCUUAGCCAAUUAUUUGAUUAAUCUAAAAUUGGCUGGACAUGCAAUACCUGAAAAAUUGCCGAAACAUUUGGUGCCUCCAUCAAAGUUGGUGGAAAAUAAUAAUAAUAAUGGUGAUGGAAUGACUAAUGGAACUUCAUCUUAUCCGCGGUUGGAUGAAUAAAUUGAAAAGAGAAGUUGGAGGUUUUUUAUAAUUUUAUAAAUUUUUUGUCAAUAUAUUGGGGAGGAAAGACUAAAAAGUUAAGUGGUUGUGUGAUUCGAAUUUUAAAAUUUUUUUAAAGUUUUUACUCGUUUUCUCAAACUUUUUUGGACGUUAAAAUUGAUUCGGAACCUUGGGACAUUAUUUUGGUUGUUUUUUGAAUU